AUGCUCGACUCGUUCACACAGAGCCUCUCCGGAUCACCCGGCUUAUUCCCAUUUGAGACGCGCGAUUCGACUCCACUCAGCGGUCUCUCCUCAACGAUUGCCCCAUUUUCCACAUCGACAUCGAAUCAAUCGAGAGUCGAUCGACCCACAUCGCCUUUACUUGGCAGCACUUCAUGGCUUUUCCCAUCACAGUCACUUUUCUCUACUCUUUCGCCCCAAUUGCACUCACAGGGCUUGGAGGCGGACGUGCAAAUAACGACGAAUUUCGAAAAUAAGCUCCACCAAGCCGGCGACCUCUCGGCGGCUCGGCUAUCGAAUCUCUCGGCGUUUGUCAAUUUGAAAAAUUCCACCCAAGCGUCUCCCACAAUUUCAUUCGACUCUCAAACUUUCCCGUUGUCGAUCUCCGAAUUGACCGGUGUUCCCUUCAAACAAAUGCCCCCGAACGCUGGAUCACCAGCGAAUCGAGCGGGAGGCGUUGCGACGGCGGCUCGACGCGGAAUGACGUAUACUGUUGUAUCUCCUGGAGCUCCCGGAACUCCAUUGGCUCUCCCACCAGCAACGAACAUUGCCGCUGCUCAACAACCAAAAAAUCCAAAAUUGUAUAAAACGGAGAUGUGCCGUACGUGGAUCGAGCAAGGACGGUGUAAUUAUGGAGAUCGAUGCCAAUACGCACACGGUGAGCACGAGAAGCGCUACGUGCCCCGGCACCCAAAGUACAAAACGGAGAUGUGUCAAUCGUUUCACAAGACCGGCUAUUGCCCAUACGGACAUCGGUGUCACUUCAUUCAUAGUGAGUCCGAAGUCCAUCAAUAUCAACGCGAAAAGGAGACAGCUCUCCGAGCAGCGCUAAGCCCGUUGACGCCUGGUUUGGCCUCGUUGCCACUCGCACCGCCAUCACAGCUGAUUGGACAGUCUCUUCUCCAAUCCUCUCAACAAUCCUCAAUUCGCGUUCCGCAAGCAAUCGGUGCCGGUUAUGGAUCGGCUGGUGAAAGUCCGUCAAGCUCGAGUGCUGACAGUGGAUCCGAGAGUCCGGCCGGCUCGUUCUCACCCGGUUUAGACCUAGAUGAGGCUUGUCUAUCGCCAUUGGCAGCUGUUUUUGGCUUAUCCCAACCAGGAUCGACUCAACGAAGCCUCUCCUCGUCUUAUGCCGCGUACAUGAGCUCGAUUUUGCCGAAACUCGGCUCAACGACCAUCAACACACAGCGCUUUGUGCCCGGUCAUGGCGGAUUCACAGACACGUUUCCCGGCGCCAGCCCCACAUCGACCUCUUCCUCAUCAACGACAACGGCAAAACCGUCGGACGAGGAAAACAGUCAAAUGGGUGCUUUCCUUGAAGACAUUGUCGCGUGGUCAGUGGACGAUGGAAGACCCGAGAAACCGGGCAGAUUACCCGUUUUCGCUCAAUUGAGCAAUCCUCAA